CACAGAGACGCAGGGAAGGCUGGUGUGUGGUGAAGGAAGUCAGAAGAAAAGGGCUGUGUGUGGGGUAGGUUUGUUAGAACAAACACCAAAGACCAACUUUGUAAGAGAGAGAAAGAACAUCUGCAAGUACAAUGCUGUUCCUGCAACUUGUGUUGUUAGUGGUUCUCCUCCCAGAUGGUGACAGUGAAGAUGCCUUCCAGGAGCUGGUAUCUUUCCGAAUUAUCCUGACCACAUCAUUUUACAACCAUUCCUGGACACAAAAUCAAGGUUCAGCAUGGCUGGAUGAGCUGCAGACUCAUGCCUGGGACAACAAGACCGGUGCUUUCAUCUACCUGCAGCCAUGGUCCCAGGGCAAGUUCAGCAAUCAGGAACUGAAAGAAAUGGAAAAAAUAUUCUACAGAUACUCCAUUAUAACUAUUUCAACAUGUCAUAACCAUAUCAGCGAUUGGUGGCUUGAAUAUCCCUUUCAGGUUCAGACAGUAAUGAGGUAUGAUUCUCACUUUGGAGAAGCAUCAGUAUGCCUCCUGAAGAUUGCUUAUCAAGGAACAGACCACUUGAGUUUCCAGAACACCUCAUGGUGGCCAUCUCCAAAAGGAGGAAGAAGGGCUCAACAGGUCUGUAGACUAUUCAAUCAGAACCAUGUUAGCAAUGAAAUAACAAAGAAGCUUCUCAGUGACACCUGCCCCCGGCUCCUGUUGGCUCUCCUGAAUGCAGGGAAGACAUAUCUCCAGCGACAAGUGAAGCCAGAAGCCUGGCUGUCCACUGGCCCCAGUCCCGGUCCUGGCCGUCUCCUGCUGGUGUGCCACGUUUCCGGCUUCUACCCAAAGCCUGUGUGGGUGAUGUGGAUGCGGGACAAGCAGGAGCAACAGGGCACCCAGCGAGGCGACAUCCUGCCCCAUGCUGAUGGGACGUGGUAUCUUCAGGUGUCCUUGGAUGUGAAACUCAAGGAGGCAGCUGGCCUGUCAUGUAGAGUGAGACACAGCAGUCUAGGGGGCCAGGACAUGGUCCUUUACUGGGAGCAUCCCCACUCCACGGGCUUGAUAUUCCUGGCCGUGAUAGUGCCCCUGGUGCUUCUGGCAGGUCUGGUGUUGUGGCUCUGGAAGUGCUGGAAAACACACUGGAGACCGCAGUGCACUGGCCUCCCUUUGGAGUGACCUCCCAGCAGCCCAGGAGCCAGAGCCUACCUAAAUCCAGCAUAGCAGUGC